CAUGCAUCCGUCUUUGCUUUGGUGUCGUCCGUCAUUUUGUUGUCCUUCAUGUUUCGGAAAAGAUUGAUUGUGUUCACUUUUUUACUGUGAAAUUAUUAAUCACAAGGCCGUGAACUUGAAUGAAGUGUUUACAAAAAGGGCUGGCUGCAAAAAGGUGGCAGGUCAAAGAUGCCAGCCAAACAACAGCUUGAUAAACUGAGCUGGCAGUGGACAGAGACGGUUCAACCUGAGGCGGUUACCAGAGAACAUGUAGAGCUUGCAUACCGCAUCGGGCUUGAUCCCUGCCAACGAAAUAUUUGCAGGCGCAACUGCAAGGGAAACCCAAACUGCCUGAUUGGUUUGGGAGAGAAAGAAUGGCUCUGUGACAUCGAUGAAGACAAAUGGCAUGAAAUUGAAGACCCAAACCUCGAAAGGAGACAGAAGGAUUCAUUUGUUGGAUUGAAGAACCUUGGUGCUACGUGUUACGUCAAUACAUUCCUACAGGUGUGGUUUCAUAAUAGAAGUUUCCGCAGAGCGCUGUACAAUUGGCAACCAUUGCAGUUAUGUGCAUUGUCAAGUGCACACAAUCAAUCAGGAAGUAGUUCAUCUAGUGAAACUCUUACACCAACGUGCAUCUGCAGCCAUUUACAGUUACUGUUUGCUUUGCUCCAAUUCACAAACAGACGGUAUAUUGACCCGUCUGGACUCGUUAACUGCCUUGGAUUGGAUGCUGCAUUACAACAGGAUGCGCAAGAGUUUAGCAAACUGUUCAUGUCAUUGCUGGAGGAGACACUGUCACAACAAACACAACCGGAUGUGCGCAACAUCAUCCAGCAGCAGUUCUGUGGCCAGUACGCGUAUGUGACAAGGUGUAAUAACUGCGGCAACGGUUCGGAGAGACCUUCUAAAUUCUACGAGUUAGAUCUGAACAUUAAAGGUCAUCGGGAGCUCAAAGAGUGUCUUGGAGAGUUCCUUCAGGAUGAGCAUCUUGAAGGAAGCAACCAGUACUUAUGUGAUUGUUGUAAGACCAAGCAGAAUGCAACCAGACGUAUACAGCUCCUCUCUCUACCUCCAGUCCUGAAUAUCCAGUUACUAAGAUUCAUAUUUGACAGACAAACAGGAACCAAAAAGAAGUUGAAUUCUUUCAUCCAGUUUCCAGAAGUUCUAGAUAUGACGCGUUAUCUCCCAAAGGAAGAUCAAGAUACUAUCUAUGAGCUCACAGCAGUCCUAAUACACCGUGGUCCUACAGCCUACUCGGGUCAUUACGUUGCCCAUAUAAGGGAGGAAGGGGUGUGGCAUAAGUUUAACGAUGAGGAGGUGGAACGAAUCGAAGGGAGGAAUCUAAAACUUGGUUCAGAAGAUGACCUUCAAGAUAGCGGUGUUAAACUAGGGAAACGACCAAAGAACAUCAAAGGAUUCCAUGCUUCAAAGAAUGCUUACAUGCUUGUGUACAAGAGAAAAACACCAGAAACGCAACCUGAUACUUCUGAGUUAGAUGUCAUCUCAGAGGUGACGUUACCCGCUUACCUACAAGCCCUCAUCAAGCAAGACAGGCAACAGUUUGAAGAGUGGACUAUGGACAUGACCAACAUGCGAGAAAAGAGCAUUGCUAACGGCAAAGCGAGACACGAGGAGGUGACGAGACUUUAUCUGAUGCUGCCACCAAAACCUGGAGAAACCUAUGAAUGGUUGCGUUCUGACUGGUUGAAGCACUGGCUUAACACUAACAACUCAACCCCUUGCAAACCGAUUGAUAAUAGUGACCUACGCUGUUGUCAUGGUAACCUGGAUCCAGAUAAGAUUCAAGACGUCAAGCGAGUUACACAGGAAGCUGCGGCGGUCCUCUUGUCCAAAUAUGGAGGCGGCCCCAGCCUAACAGCCAACAACCUUUGCCUGAAAUGUGUUCGUGAACAAUGCCAUCUGAUGAGGCUGAAGACGAACCUCAAUGAAGAUAGUAAAUUUGUUGCCGGUGCAACCAAGAGUAAACUAGACCCAGGGUCUCCUGGUUUCUGGCUCGGUAAGUCCUCAUUGAGGAAUUGGAGGAAGAAAGUCUUGCACAGAGAAGAACAAAAUGAGUCAAGACAAGAUGACCCUACCAAGCCAGAUGACAAAGAAGGUCCAGCUGAUGAGUCGGUAAUUGAAGAAAUUUUCAAUGGGGAACUUCUCUGCCCUCAUAAUAACUUGAGCACCAAUGAGACGUUAAGGAAGCUAGUUUCUACCGAAGUCUGGCAGAGACUUCGUAGGUAUUUCCCUGAUGCUCCAGAAUUCGACCAGGAUCAACAGAUGUGCCAGAUUUGUCGGGCACAAGAAGAGGAAGAGCAGCAAGAGAACAAUCUACGGAUCCUGAUGGCCACUGAUCAGAAAACGGCUCUGCCUCAACUCUUCAACGAUAGACACAGACCGUCCUGGGAUAAGAAGGACAUGAUGGAAGUGUAUGCCAUAAGCCGGCCGUUCGUUGAACAGUGGAGGGAAUUUGUCCGUCAGCCAUUGAAAGUCAGUCCACAAAAUGCCGUCAAUAACUCCAUGCUCCUAUGCCAUCAUGAUAAGUUUAUCUUUGAGACUGGUUACAUGGAUGAGCUGGCUCAGAAUAUGUACACCCUAGUAUGGCCACAUGAAUGGGUUUUUAUCUCAAAGAACUUCCAGGUGGAUUUUACAAUACGGAUACACCAGAAAGUAGAAUCGUUAGAAAAUGGAAUAAUGCAGACGCUUGUAAGUGAACCAGAGUCAUGUGUUGAAUGCAUAGCGGCGAGGCAUUCCCAGGCUAACCUUGAACGCAAGGAGUACAGCGGUGCACGUAUCUACAUCCGUAAGAUAGCCAUGGAGUUGACAUCGGCUGGGCCGGCUCUAGUUGAAGAUGACCAAAAGGGGGCAAGCGAGGGCCUGAGCAAAGACACUGAUCCAGACUUCUUCCAGGUCAAUGGAGCUAAGAGAUUAAAAACCAGCAGCGACUGUGAGAGUGUCAGACGGAGUUCAAGACAUCGGAAAGUACGAGGGGAGAAAGAAGUUAUCGUGUCCUCGACAAAUACUCUGAAGGAACUGAAGAUUAAGGUCAUGCAUGCCUUCUCUGUGGCACCAUUUGAUCAGACUCUUGUUCUUCGCGGUCUGCAACUGGCUGAUAAUGAAGCCACUCUGUCCAAUCUGGGAGUCGAACCAGAAUGUGUUAUAACGCUUAAAGUGGACAUGCCAUUGACCGAGGACCCAUUGGUAAUGGAUGAAAUAUAUAGAGCCUCAAAUGUUCCAGAAGAAGGAUUUAAAGGAACUGGCCUUCUUGGGAGUGGCCUAUAAGGGGAGUGGCCUAUAAGGGGAGUGGCCUACAGGAGUGGCCUACAGGAGUGGCCUUUGUGGGAGUGGCCUAUAAUGAACAGAAGAUGAAGGAAGUAGGAGCAGACCUCGAUAUAACCUCUCCUGUGAGAACUCCUUUAUCCCAGAUGCUCUUGGGUAAAACAUUUAAUGUCGAAACAAAUCUGUGUCUUUUCUUUUGUGCAGAAAUAAUCAUCUGUAGAAGUUUACACCAAAAGAUGUCUUGCCUGGAUAUAUUUUUGUACUUGCCAUGAGGAGUUGUAGAAUUCAUUAAAGAGGAAUUGGGAAUUUUGACGAGAAAUUAGUUUUAAAAAGCUGUGAAUAAUAUAUCAAUUUUCAACGAAACGGGGAACAACAGUGAGAGGUAUGAAAAUGUAAGAAUAUUGACAGGCCACCGUGCCUGAAUAAAAACUAUUCCGUUACUGUAUUUUGGGUGAUUAGAUUGUCAACUUUUGCAAAACUUAGCUCGUCUUUGUUUAAGGGAAGGUAUGAGUUUGGUCUCACUUUAACAAUUAAUGGUAAUAAAAAGUUUUGGUUUGAAGCCUACAGCAACUUUGAUAGUAAAAUUAAAGAAUUGUGAGAAACAUUUCAUUUCAAAGUAAUGUGGUUAUGUACAUUUGGAAAUAGUAUCAGCUUUGUACGACCCCAAAUUUGACCACGAGAGUUACUGUUAGUAACGCUUCUCAGAUUGUGUGUUCCUAUUCGGGGACAUUCUUCACGUGGACAUAUUCGGUCUGGAUUUCUGGUUAUUAUAUCUAAAAAAUCAGACCACCUUUUGAAAUGAAAUGUUCACAAGUUAGUUUUAUGAUUUUGGGGAAUGAACAAAGAAUUGACUUGAGUGGGAUUCGAACCAACGACCUCCGGAUUAACGUACCGGCGCUAGUUUUAUUGUAUACAUCUAUGUAUACAUCUAUGUAAAAUUUUGAUGAUCAAUCGGUUCCAAAAAUCCAAAGGUAUACUUUUAGAGCUGUCAACAUUUGCAUAUUAAAUACAAUCAAAUUUUGUACAACAAUCUGGAAUAUGUGUUGAACUACAUUCAACAUAAUAUGGGAAAAAGGUUUGAUAAUCAUUGAGACUUUUGCAAAUUUGUUCCUCAGAAUAUGGAAAGAUGUUUUUUUUUUGUUCAGGGAACUUUCUGCAGAACCAGGGAGAGUUGGCAGCUUUAAAGGCA